AGUCAUGAAAAGAAAAAAAUAUGUAUUGUUAUUCAAUGUGGGACGUAUAUACAAGUCAAGGCAAAGAAUAGAACCACAUUUUAUGCAUUUUCUUUCAUCAACUCCUUUAAAAAAGCUCUGACAAACUUCAAUAAGAUGUAAAACGUAAAAGAGUCUGGACACAAACGGUGUCAGAGAUUGUAUGACAUAUUGAAUUUUACAAGUUACCAAGUUAGAUCAUGCAGAUGGCUCGUUCUGUGAUUAAAACUGUACGAUCGACAAAUGAAGAGGAAAUUCAUGAGAUGAUGGCAUUGUGGCCGAGCAUUGUUCAUGAUAUUACGGAAUCGAUUAGUUUAAACAUUCCAGACGUUACUCUAUGGAUGAAAAAAGUUUUGCAAUAUAAUGUGCCAAACGGAAAAAAAGUUCGUAGUUUAGCAUUAAUUUAUGCUUACAAAUCAUUGGCAUCUGAUGAUCAACUUACGGAAGAUAACGUUCGUUUAGUACGGAUUUUAGCAUGGUGCAUAGAACUGUUGCAAGCUUAUCUGCUCAUAAUUGACGAUAUACAAGAUCGAUCAUUAUUCCGUCGAGGCCAACCUUGUUGGUAUCGACACAACGACAUAGGAUUAAUAGCGAUUAAUGAUGGUCUAAUGUUAGAGCAAGCUAUGUUUUAUAUAAUUCGAAAACAUUUCAAUACAAAAGAAUGUUACAUUAAUAUAUUAGAAACAUUUCAGGAUGUCAUCUAUAAGACAUUAAUGGGACAAUGCUUAGAUUUGCUUUCCAGCAAUUUCGAUAAAAAGCCCAAUGUAGAUUUCUUUACGUUGGAUCGAUAUAAUUCCAUUGUCGAGUACAAAACGUCGUAUUAUACGUUUAUUUUACCAGUAACUGCAGCAAUACACUUAGUAGGAAUAAAAGAUCCUGAGAUGUUCAGGCAAACAAAACUCAUCUUGUUAGAUAUGGGACGUUUGUUCCAAGCCCAAGAUGAUUAUCUGGCUUGCUAUGGAGAUUAUGAGGCCUUUGGCAAAGAUAAUACUGAUAUACAAGAAGGAAAAUGUACGUGGCUAGUUGUCACAGCUCUCGAUCGCGCUACUUCAGAGCAGCGUAAAAUUUUAAGAGAAUGUUAUGGAUUUUCGGAUCCGGAGAAAGUAAGACGCGUCAAACAACUCUUCAUUGAUAUGAAUCUGCCGAACAUUUAUUUAACAUACGAAGAACAAACAUACAAUUUAUUAAUUGGUCGUAUACGGCAGAUGUCAUGCGAACUUCUACGUAAUCUUUUCUUAGAUUUAUUAGAGGAAAUUUAUCAUAGAAAGUCAUAAAAGCAUUUCAUUGUUGAGUACUUACUGAUCAUAUUUGUGGUUCAAUUGUUCAGUAAUUUUAACUGUUUGAUACACUCUGCAUGUAAAUAGACAGAUACAUCUGUCAAUCUCUGCUAUACAAAUAAUUUAGCAUGAAAUAUCAUAUUCCUUAUCAUAUUUUUUAUUCAGU